CUCAAAUCUCACAGUGAACACUGUUCACCAAGCUCAAAAAGUUGUCACAAAUAUUUAAGGAAAAUUCUAAAAAAAUAAUUUAUAGGCAAGAUGGCUUCAGAGGAAGAAGAGGAAUACACAGAGGAGGAGACCAACGAGGCCAUGUUAUUUAUCCGUGAGCACGAGCUGCCCAUGUCCGAAUUGGGUUAUGCUCUCAAGUAUGUGCGGAUUCUACACGGGAACCCAUCCCAAAACAAUCAGGUGAUGCCAGCCUCGAUGCCCCAGAAUCAUGUUGCAGAGGUGGAGCCACCGCCUUUAGACUGGGAGGACGAAGAGAUCCAAAGCUUAGCCCGGCACCUAUAAAUGUGUUAUAUGGUUUAUAAUGUUCUAUUUUGUUUGUGUUAACUGCCUUGAGAGAUCAGAUAACUGAAAAAACUGAACUUCUUAAGGGC